CUAAAAUCCAGAUCCUGGCAGUGAAGUAAAUGGCUCAACUUCCCCCUGGAGUUCGCUUCAUCGUUUUAUUUACAAGAGAUCAGUGGUGCAGGGCCUUCAUUUUUGUUCUUACCUUUUUGUUAUAUGCUAGUUUCCACUUGUCAAGGAAACCUAUUAGUAUAGUUAAGGGAGAACUACAUAAGCACUGUGCUCCUCCAAGUGAAGUUGAACUCAACUCCUACAAAGAAUAUGCCAUCCAGAUUCAGCCUGUUAAAAAGUUAUCUAAUGAGUCUCAGUGUGGUUGGGAGCCAUUUGACAAGAACAAUUACAAACAAUUACUGGGAGCCCUGGAUUACUCAUUUCUGUGUGCUUAUGCAGUUGGAAUGUAUUUGAGUGGUAUAAUAGGAGAGCGACUGCCUAUCCGGUAUUAUCUAACAGCUGGAAUGCUUGCCAGUGGACUCUUCACUGCAAUGUUUGGGUUGGGCUAUUUCUAUAAUAUACAUAACCUGUGGUUCUACAUGAUAGCUCAGUUUCCUGCACUGGUGAAAAGUGUUCAAGAUAUUGCCAGCUGGUGCAACAAAAAGCCAUGGAAAGCACGCUUUGUGAUGUCUAAGAGAACGUAUAAGAGCGGAGCUAGUAAACGAAAGGCAGCAAAAGAUGCUGAGAAGGAACUUGAGAAAAUUCCAAAGUUGUCAACGUAUUUUGCGCUGCAAUCCAACGUACAGGUACAGGCACAUGAAACGGACAGCGCUAGCAGCGACGAAUCGUAUCCAGAAGUAUCCAGAAGUGCUUCAAGUGAGGUCGAAGGUGAAGCCAGUUGUUCUACCAAACAAACUGUGACAGAUAUUCCAGCUGCUGCCGGGAAAGAAGUAUCUGAAUCUGAACCACUGACUGAUGAUCCAGGAGAUUGGCCGUCUAUAAUAUCGGACAGGCAAGUGUGUGACAUUGUUGCACGUGGCCCACCGCAGCAGAAUGAAAGUUACGAAUUUCCAUUUAACGAGGAAAGACUGAGGUUCACAAGUACUCAUUUCUAUCGAACCAUGGCUUUUCUAAAAGAAAGAGAUUUCUGGAGAAAUGUUGUCAAACGCAUGGUUGAUGUCGUUAUUUUCUUGUCCGAAAGAAACUUGGCAUUUCGAGGAAGUAAUGAAAAGCUCGGCGAUCCUUCGAAUGGCAACUUUUUGGGACUGUUUGAAUUGCUUGCAAAGUAUGAUACUGUCCUCAGCGAACUUUUACAGAGGAUUAAGAAGGCAGAGACACAUGUUCAGUACCUCAGUCCACAGAUCCAAAACGAGGUGAUUCAACUUGUUGCCAGUAACAUUCAAGAGGCCAGCAUAGCGCAGCUUAGAAAAGCAAAAUAUUAUUCAGUUAUUUUGGACUGUACUCCCGACGUGUCACAUGAAGAACAGAUGUCUGUGGUGUUACGCUUUGUUGAAUUCAACGGUGAAGAUGGUGUCAAUAUUCGUGAAGCGUUUGUUGGUUUUCUUAAUGUUCAUGAUACAACUGGCGAGGGCUUAUUGGAAGCGUUUCUUGAAAAGGCAAACAACUUAGGAAUAGACAUUGCUGACAUGAGAGGCCAAGCUUAUGAUAACGGCAGCUCAAAGUCCUACAUGAAUGGUACAAAUAAAUUCAGAGUCCAUAAGCCAACCUUAAAUCUUAAAGAAACCAACAAUCUUCGGGAUCCAGCGAUGCAGUGUUUGCUUCCUGAAAGAGAGAACUUCACAGUGCCACUGAACCAUAACGUGGCAGUCAAUGGGGAAGGUGGAACUAGAAUGUCAGCUAUAAGCUUCAUAGGUGCUUUGCGAAUACCUGGAGUCAUAGAAUUCUCUCUCUGUUUGUUGUUUGCUAAACUAGUCAGUUACACUUUCCUUUUCUGGCUUCCACUCUAUAUCACAAACGUAGAGCAUCUUGAUGCGAAAAGAGCUGGGGAUCUUUCUACAUUGUUCGAUGUGGGUGGAAUCUUUGGUGGCAUUUUGGCAGGCAUGAUAUCAGAUAGAUUGGAAAAAAGGGCUUCAACCUGUGGAAUGAUGUUACUACUAGCAGCCCCUGCCCUAUACAUGUUCUCUGCAAUCAGUAAAAUGGGCCUAGAAGCUACCAUAGUUAUGCUGCUUAUCAGUGGAGCCCUGGUGAACGGUCCUUAUGCACUGAUCACAACUGCAGUCUCAGCCGACUUGGGUACCCAUAAAAGUCUGAAAGGAAAUGCAAGAGCCCUGUCCACAGUUACGGCUAUCAUCGAUGGAACAGGUUCUGUAGGUGCUGCUCUAGGGCCUCUGUUAGCUGGUCUCAUCUCUCCCUCUGGUUGGAACAAUGUAUUUUACAUGCUAAUGGUGGCAGAUGCAUGUGCCUUAUUAUUCUUACUCCGUCUUAUACGAAAAGAACUCCAGUGUAAGAUGGACCAGACCUUGUAA